AUGCCGGCCGCUCCAGCGGCUAGGCGGCUGGGCCGCGGCCUGCGUGGCGCGCUGGCUGGCGCUCUGCCCGCACGGCCGCGGCUGCCGCAGGGGCGGUGGGCGGCGGCCGCCGAGGGCAGGGCCGCGCCGUUCUCCACGCUCACGCUGCAGGACCUCCCCACGGCCGUCCUCGACUGCGAGUACGCGGUUCGCGGCGCGGUCUCGAGGAGGGCGGAGGAGCUGGGCGCGGAGCUCGGGAAGCUGGCCGCGGGCGAGCGGGGCCCCGACGAGGAGGGCCUGCUCUUCGACCAGAUCGUGCCCUGCAACAUUGGGAACCCGCAGGCCGUGGGGCAGCAGCCCCUGGAGUUCCACCGUCAGGUUCUGGCGUGCCUGACCGAUCCCACCCUGGCCGACCGGGAGGAUCUCUACCCGGCCGACGUGCGGGAACGCGCGCGACGCUAUCUGAAUGGCAUCACCGGCGGCGCCGUGGGCGCGUACUCGCACUCCCAGGGGCACGCCGUGUUCCGCCGGGACGUCGCGGCAUUCCUCGCCCAGCGUGACGGCGUAGACACGUCGUUCGAGGAUGUCUUCCUGACUGACGGGGCCUCUGCUGCGGUCAAGAUGGUGCUCUCACUGCUCAUCCGCGGCGGCGAGGACGGGGUGCUGCUGCCCAUCCCACAGUACCCGCUGUACAGCGCCUCUCUGUCCCUGCUGGGCGGCCAGUCCGUGGGGUACUUCCUCGACGAGGACGCUGGUUGGGGCGUCAGCGUGCCGGAGCUGGAGCGCGCCGUGAGCGAGUUCCGCGCUGAGGGUGGCGUGCCCCGUGCCAUCGUCCUGAUAAACCCGGGCAAUCCCACCGGCCAGGUCCUGUCCCGGGAGGUGCUGGAGCAGGUGCUCGCGUUUGCUGAGCGGGAGAAGCUGGUAGUGAUAGCCGACGAGGUCUAUCAAGACAACAUUCACGCCGAAGAUAAAGAGUUCAUUUCUUGCCGGAAGGUGGCCCACGAUAUCGGAUGCACUGUGGAAGUAUUCUCGCUCCAUUCUGCGUCCAAGGGCCUCACUGGCGAGUGCGGGUUGCGCAGCGGGAUGGUGCACUGCGAGAACGUGAGCAGAGAUGUGAUGGACCAGCUGUACAAGCUCGCCUCCGUGAACCUUUGUAGCAAUGUGCUCGGCCAGGCGCUGAUGGCCAGCGUCGUGACGCCUCCGCCGCCUGGGGGUCCGUCCAGGGAGCGCUUCGAGAAGGAGAAGAGCGAGACUCGGGAAGCGCUGAAGCGAAAGGCGAAGAUGGUGACGGACCGCUUAAACGCCAUGGAGGGCAUCACUUGCCAGGCCAUCGAGGGCGCUAUGUACGCAUUUCCGAAGGUCGUUAUCAAAGGCUAUGUGAUGAAGAAGGCGAUCUCCUUCGCCACGCCGGCUGAUCAGAUCUACUGCGUGGAGAUGCUGGAGCGUACGGGCGUGAUUACCGUGCCGGGGAGCGGCUUCGGCCAGAGGCCCGGGUAUUUCCAUUUCCGCAUGACGAUCUUGCCGGACGAGGCCACGCUCGAGAAGGUGCUCGACGCCAUUGAGCGCUUCCACGGCGAGCACCCCGGCGGGUGGUUCAAGUGA